CAAUAAUUAAGCACAGUACUACGUACAGAGUAUAGCUAAGCCAAUUAAGCUAGGCGCCGCCACUAGUUAACCAAGAAAUGGCGGACAAGCCAGGCCAUGUCGUCAGCGGGGAAGCAACGGCGAAGGAGAGGAAGGGGCUGUGGUCUCGGGAGGAAGACGAGCUGCUGUACGCGCGGAUCACGCUGCACGGCGUGUCGACGUGGAGCUCCGUGGCGCAGCUCGCCGGGCUGCGGCGGAACGGCAAGAGCUGCCGGCUCCGGUGGAUGAACUACCUCCGGCCGGACCUCAAGAAGGAGCGCAUCUCCAAGCGCGAGGAGGAGACCAUCAUCUCCCUCCAGAAAUCCCUCGGCAACAGGUGGUCGGUGAUCGCGGCGAGGAUGCCGGGGAGGACGGACAACGAGAUCAAGAACUACUGGAACUCAUACAUCAGGAAGCGCCGGAGGAUCACUGGCGCCGAGACGCACGAGCUAGCAGUAGCAAUGGCAGGAGAGAAGGAGCAGUUGAGCGCGGCGCCACCUGCUGUUCCACUACCACCACCACUCACGAGCACAAUGGCUACGACUCAGUCUACCACCACUCACGAGCACAAUGGCGCCGGUUCAGAGAGCGAGGAAAGCGUCGUCGACGGCGGAGGCGAAGAGCUCGACAUGGACAUGAUCGGGUAUCUCCUCUCGUUCGACGACCUCGAGCUCGAGUACCCGGUGGUGGCCGGGGGUGAUCUGCUCAUGGAUGAGUGGGAGAGCCAACUCUACAGCUGCGACAAUUCGGGGAGCUCCGUCGAUUGA